GGAUGCCACGCCGUCCAGGUUUCUACAAAUAACUGUGGCUGCCAGCACGGCUUGCUAUGUUGUUGUUUUUUCCUCUUUUUAUGUCUGCGAUAUUCACACGUCUGUUAUUUGCCAAGAAAAGGAAUACCGUCUCAACAAUGACCAGGAAAUCGAAGAAGCUGUUUUUGCUGGCGUGUAUUGUUCUUAUUGGCACUAUCCUUUUGUUGAGGCUGUUGCUACCGAAGCCGUGGCAGUAUACAGACACCUACCACCUUAUACGAGUAUAUAUGGACAUACAGGACUUUCCUGUGCAGACCGAGGUCAUCGGGGGAAACAAUACAGACUUUCAAAUAAAAGUGGACACAAAAACUAUUUAUGAGCAUUUACUGAAGGUGAGGACUAUUCAGGAUAGAAUGACGUCAAAGGAUCCCGUUAUCGCGCAUUAUUCGCCCUCGAUGUCUUUACGAGAACAAGUAGACAUGAUGGUUACCGUGGAAACGUUUGUGACGGUUUGCAUGAGAGCAAACCUGACCUACUUUCUGUGGGGUGGGUCACUUCUUGGUGCCUAUCGUCACCAUGGAUUUAUACCAUGGGAUGAUGACUUUGACCUAGUUAUGAACAGUUCUGACUGGAGGAACAUUCGCGAUGUGUUGUCACGUGUCCAAGGAUACCAGUUGCUUGUUAACGGUUACUCGCAGUGGAAAUUUUUCAAAAAGGAUCUUCCGUCUGUUCGUGGGGAAUCCUUCAAGUGGCCAUUUAUUGACAUUUUCUUCUUUACUGAAGAUGCCAGUCAUGUGUGGUCCUUGACAGACUCGUUAAAACGUGAACUGGUGAAUCCCAAAGAGGAUAUAUUCCCUGUUCAAUUCCGUCCGUUUGAACACCUUCUUGUGGCGGUUCCGUGUAAGACUGCGAUCAUUGUGGACUGCGUGUACGGGGCUAACGAAUGCCGUUCGUCAGACUUUUCACAUAAGGAUAGCAAAGGAUUAGAUCCGUCCAUCGUUGAACGAUUGCCGUGUAGUCGACUAUUCAAUUAUUUCCCAUUUGUGUUCCGAGAACAAUAUCCCAAUUCAGAUAAUGUUAUUGAAAUAUCCAAAAUUGGGGGCACGAUUCUGUCAAAUAUUUCAGUACCGCUAUCGUGUAAAGAAUUAAGGUGAUUACUGAAAAUUAUUUCAGGUAAUAAUCAGUCUGUACUAACGGAUCUGUGGAUGAAGAACUGCGACAUUAUCGAAGAGCGUGUUGUAUUUAUCUUUCACUAUUUAAAACAAAAUUGUUAUUGAUGUAUUUAUUUUUGUUGAGAAUCUGUGUGUGAAUAAUUUGUCAGAUCCA